CUAGACAAUUUAUCAAGGCAGUUAGCAGGUGAAGUGAAGAGACCCAAACAACUACCAGGUCCAGAAUCAAUCCUCCCCUCUCUCACCAGAACCAGCAGGCAGCAGCACUCAAAUACCCAACCUCCCUCUCUCCCUUUCUCUCGCUGUUUCGUUUCGGGAAUCCAACUUCCACGACAAGAAGAAUUAACAACCAAAAUGGCGCGGGGUGCAUCUCAGUCUCAGGCUUCGUCUUCAUCGUCGGCUCGGCCAGGCACCGUCGGCAUAGCGCCGCGCGGAUCUGCUGCCGCAACGGCAGGGAUGCGGCGCAGGAGGCUCGGAGGUACUUCUGGAGGCAGCUCCGGCGGGUUUAGCGCUGGCGGGAGCGGAAGCAACAUGCUGAGGUUCUAUACUGACGACGCCCCUGGCUUGAAGAUAACUCCCACCGUCGUCCUCGUGAUGAGCCUCUGCUUCAUCGGCUUCGUCACCGCUCUCCACGUCUUUGGUAAGCUCUACCGCUACAGAUCUGGUGCCGGAGCUUGAUUCAAGAUUCGAACAUCUUAUCUUCUCCAUCUUAAAACAGCUGCGAUUAGGCCUCUCUUGGUUUUUGGAUAAUACGGAUUUUUGGCACUGUAAAGUCCCUUCUUGUUUCAAGCUUAUUUGCGUACGGUAGUUUGCAGUUUUUAGAGUUGUUCUAUUUUGUUCUUCUGUUUUUUUUUUCCCUUCAAUUUUCUUGAAUUUGGUUUUGGCUGACUAAAUGAUGUAGGAUGUAUGGCCGAAGCCCUUCAAUUUGCGUUUGUUGAUCGACUUGCUUUUACUUGUUGUAUUCAACUUGAGCGAGUCACCUCUAUAUCCGAAAUUUUGGUCAUGAUUGUAGGUCUUGGUUGGCCUUUGUAGAUGAUUCCCAAUUUCCCUUUUGAUCUUUUA